AAGGCAUGCUUGCAUGAGUCUUACAGUUGGAAAUUUCCUCGAUGCUCCACAAAGUUUGAUAGUUGCCGAUUGCCUGUCUUCUUAUCUUCUUAUGCUCGGGAUCGCCCUCCAUUGCAGGGGAAUUUGUAGUCUUGUAGCUUCUAACUUAGAGACAAGAGCCGAUUUGGAAUCUGGGCUGAUGAGCCACCAUCUACUUCUCCUCACAAAACGAUUCUCCUCCCAGUAGAGAAGCACAUCAGCAACCACCUCUAACAGGCACUCCUCGCAAAGCAUCUCACUAUACCGGACAAUCAACUGUAGCAAUAUGAAGUUCGGUUUUGUUUUCUUCCUAGUGGCCCUACUAGUGGCAUUGGUGGCUGCUGAGCCCCAUGCAGCUCGAGAGAACCGCAUGGACAAUGCACUAGAGCAAAAGGCUUUGCUUGAUCAUGAGGACAUUGGUGACGCUGUUGAAGAGAUUCCCUCUGCACACAGAGAGUUGAACUAUAGACGGCGCCAGAUGAACAGGAACAAGCGUAUGAGGAUGCGUAUGAGGACUCGCAGAACGCGCAUGAACCGCAGAAUGCGCAUGAGGAACCGCCGCAAUCGCCGCAACAAUAACGGGCGCGGCAAGGGCGGCGGCAAGGGCGGCAGCAAGAGCAGCAAGUCUGGCAAGGGCGGUGGCCGCCGCCGCAUGAGGAUGCGAAUGCGCAUGAGGUUCCGCCCCAUCCGUCGUAUGGACUUCACUCGCUUCCCUACCUUCGUUCCUAUCAACACAGGAGAACCCUCUGCCGGAGGAGGCCCAACUGUCCCACCUGGUUCCCCCACCACCGCUCCUGGUCCCACCACUGGACCUGGUACAAGCGCGCCAACAACUCCCGGAGCUACCAAUGCACCGACAACAGGCAGUGCGACCACAGCUCCCACGACCGCCACUGGAACAACCGCACCAACAAUCACGCCCGCUUAAUCGGUUGCUUCCUUGUUUGUCCAACGCGUCUGAAACAUCGUGUUGGAUAUCGCAUCACCAGUUUCACCCGCUUGUGGCCUACCGGAGUCAGGUGAUUUUACUUUGACAGUACAAUCAGCAAUCGAUGAAUCGAUGGUUUGGCGUUUGUAGACUUUUGCUCAGUUUCUUGGAGAAGGAAUCAUAUUCAGUUUUACUCAUAAUCAUAACUCAUAACAGAACAGUAUUUAGAAAGAUCGAGGUAAAGUACAUUAGCUACCGUGUCGCUGCAAG